AGCUGCAGGAGUGUGUGAGUGUGUGUUCAGACUCGGUUUGAGGAUUUCCCCCUGAUCAACCCGCCGAAGAGGGUCUUUUUCGCAGCGACAGUGUUUCUCCGAGCACUUGCAUGAUCUCAGGUCACGAGCCCGAAGCGCGUGCAUGAGAAAAGCUCGUUCAUAUCCUUUAACGGACUCUUGAAACUCUGACAGCUUUCGCGGCACACGGGAGCGCGCGCCCUCCAAACUACUCUGUUGGGUCUUUCUUUCUAUUUUUUUUUUUCUGCACGCUCCGUGCACGAGGAUCUUUCCCUCCGCUCCACGCUUUUCCUUUUUUUCGUAUGAAUCUCCUCGACCCGUACGUGAAGAUGGCCGACGAGCGGGACAAGGGUCUCCGCGACGCCCCCAGUCCGAGCGGGGACUCCGACGACUCCGGGGCCGCUUCGCCGUGUCCGUCCGCCUCCGGCUCGGACACGGAGAACACGAGGCCCGCCGAGAACCAGGACGACUUCAAGAAGGACGACGAGGACAAGUUCCCCGUGUGCAUCCGCGACGCCGUGUCGCAGGUGCUCAAGGGCUACGACUGGACGCUCGUGCCCAUGCCCGUGCGCGUGAACGGCUCGAGCAAGAGCAAGCCGCACGUGAAGAGGCCCAUGAACGCGUUUAUGGUUUGGGCGCAGGCGGCGCGGAGGAAGCUCGCGGACCAGUAUCCCCAUCUGCACAACGCAGAGCUCAGCAAAACCCUGGGCAAACUGUGGAGGUUGCUGAACGAAGGUGAGAAGCGUCCGUUUGUGGAGGAGGCCGAGCGCUUGAGGGUGCAGCACAAGAAGGACCACCCUGACUACAAGUACCAGCCCAGACGGAGAAAGUCGGUGAAGAACGGGCAGGCAGAGGCAGAGGAGGGUGAGCAGACCCAUAUCUCACCCAACGCCAUCUUCAAAGCCCUGCAGCAAGCCGACUCUCCAGCCUCCAGCAUGGGCGAAGUGCACUCUCCCUCAGACCAUUCAGGCCAGUCCCAGGGUCCUCCAACGCCGCCUACGACCCCCAAAACAGACCUGCCAGGUGGUAAGCCAGACCUGAAGCGCGAAGGCCGCCCCCUGCAGGAGGGAGCCGGCCGGCAGCUCAACAUCGACUUCCGGGACGUGGACAUUGGCGAGCUGAGCAGCGAUGUCAUCUCCAACAUUGAGACCUUUGACGUAACAGAGUUCGACCAGUACCUGCCGCCUCACGGUCAUCCGGGGGUUCCCUCUAAUGCCCAGGCCUACUCCACCGGCUACGGUCUGACUGGCUCCACCGGCUGGAUGUCCAAGCAGCAGCAGCAGCCACAGCAACAGCAGCAGCACUCCCUGACCCAGCUGAACCCGGCAGAUCAAAGCCAGGCCCAGCAGCGCUCCCCGCAGAUCAAGACGGAGCAGCUGAGCCCCAGCCACUACAGUGAACAAGGCCAGGGCUCUCCCCAGCACGUGGCCUAUGGUUCCUUCAACCUGCAACACUACAGCACCUCGUCCUAUCCGUCGGUGGCCCGCACCCAGUAUGACUACACUGACCACCAUGGCGGCUCCUACUACAGCCACGCUGCCGGCCAGGGCUCCGGCCUCUACUCCACCUUCAGCUACAUGAGUCCAGGCCAGAGGCCCAUGUACACCCCAAUCGCCGACACAGCUGGGGUACCAUCGGUGCCUCAGACCCACAGUCCCCAGCACUGGGAGCAACCCGUCUAUACCCAGCUGUCCCGGCCUUAAAAGAGAGAUAAACAGUGCCAACAGCACAGACUGAACAGUUAUCACCACCUUUAUCCAGAGACUGCUAUCCAGAGGCCUUGAAGUGCCUUCCUUCCACUCCCUGCACAAGCCAACAGAGAAAAACAAGCAGGACUUCUUUUUUUUUUGUUGUUAUUUUAGUACUGAAAAUAUCGGAAAUGGCUCCCGACAGUGCCUUUUUUUAAAAACAAUGCUCCGAGUUGCGAUUAUAUUUUUCUAGUUAUAAUGAAAAAGAAAAACUCGCUUGAAAGAGAGGAUUCCUCUGUGAGGACAUAUUCGUUAUAAAUAUUUUAGUAUGUACUGUGUAUGUAUCUCUUUUUUUUUUGUCGUUUUCAGGUUGAGGAUACGAGAGCCGUAUAGAGGGGGUACAGCAGUGUAUUUUUGUAAAGAAAACUAAAAACACAGCCUUUAUCUUUGCUCUGUACAUAUCUUACUGCUCUUUUCGAAUCAGGCCGAGCUGUGUGAAGUGGUUUAUGGAAAUCUUGUUUCAUUUCCUCUGUCAGUGAAGCAGCAGCCACAAAGUUCAAUAGACAGAAAUUAUGUCUUUCCUUUUGUCUGUGUUUUGCGGUUGUCGUUUUGGAAGUGCCAUCUUUUUUAGCGCAGAUUAAGUGUCCUGCCUUUGUGCCAUCAGUGCCUGGUCAGCCAGCGUAGAGAUCCGUAGUGCCUCAACAGCCGUCACUCACCUCCUUCUCUCUCUCUGUCUCUCUCUCUCUGUCUCUCUAUCCCUCUCUCUCUCUCUCUCUCUCUCUAUCCCUCUCUCUCUCUCUCUCUCUCUCUCUCUCUUUCUCUUUCUCUCUACGACCCAGCAGUAAGAGAAAGUGUCCCUCGAUCAGAGAUGAGACUCCUCAGGCGCUCCCUGUCGGUCAGAUUUCGCAUUCCUUGCCCCUGUCGAGUCUUAACCUCUUUAAUUUAUUCAUUAGUAUUAAUAUUAUUUUGAUAAGUAAUUACUAUGUUGCAUUUUAUCAUUUACUUCACCUUUUUAAGACUAAUUUGAGCUGAAAAGAAAUUCCUUUUUUUUCUCCCCCCUCCUCUGGAGAUCACAGUCUAGUUGUGGUACAAACUUUAACCAUCUUGGUUUAUUUAUCAUUUGUAAAUGUUUCCAUUUGUUUUUUAUGUGUUUUUGAUGAUCUAGUUGUGUACAGAUUUCUUAUAAUUGUGAUAAAACUUGAUCAAAUUUGACAACAAACAACUGGAAGUUUUUUUUUUUCCCAUUUAAUUCUAACAAAUAUGAAUAAAUGGAUUACUGGAGGCCAUGGCCACAUUGUAAAGAUGUUUUUCUUUAUUGAAUCACCAGCAUACAGUCAUUUUUUUAUGUUUUAUUCCUUAUUCAUUAUUUCAUAUCUUAGGUCUCAUGUCAACAUCCUUUAAUGCAAAUGAAUCUUUGUAAAACACGCCAUUGUCUUAAAAGAAGCUUAUCUUUUGUAUCAUACUGUUUGCAAUAAAAGAAAAAAAAAGAUAC